AAAAAUCAUUAACAUGAGUUUAUAAAUAAAAUUCAGGUUUUCAUUUUCUUGCCAAAGUCAAAUGCUCUUCAUUUAUUUUCAUUAUUUGUGAAGAUUGAGGUAAGUGCAAAAUAAAAUAAAAUAUUAUUGAUAAUAUUAGUAUUAUUUUUAAAUAAGUACAGUGCAAUUGAAAAGUUUCAACUUAAUUAGAAACUAAUAAAUUGGGCAUGGUGGGAGAUGUACGUUCCAGUUCCAGAAGUUAAUGGAAAGAUUGAUGUCUUGAUGAUGUGAGGUUUGUGUUUCCUCCAUAGGAAAAGACAAAGAGGGGUUGUUUUUACAACUUUGAUACAUGUGUUAUGAAAGAAUAACUACUGGUUUCAAUUGAAGUAGUCCAAUAUUUUUAAAGCGAAGAGGAUAUUCCAACAGACGAACUUUGUAGUGACGUGGCUAUUGUAACUACUACAAACUCAGAACAGAGAGAGAGAGAGAGAGAGAGAGGUGUUUCAAGUUUAAAGUUUAAAGUGCAAACAAAUAACGAACCAUUCAUUUGGUGGCAUGAUGACAGUUGUUGGUUUGUAUCCUAAUCUUGUGAGAUAUCGAAAUCCUAAUCCUAGGAAAUCCGUUGUGGCACGAAACACGGUUUCCAAGGUUGAAGCUGAUGUUGUUGUGAUAGGGAGUGGUAUAGGUGGACUGUGUUGUGGAGCACUGUUAGCACGAUACAAGGAAGAUGUGCUAGUUCUGGAAAGCCAUGAUGUAGCUGGUGGAGCUGCUCAUUCUUUUGAUAUCAAAGGCUACAAGUUUGAUUCUGGGCCAUCAUUAUUCUCUGGCUUGCAAUCAAGGGGUCCUCAGGCUAAUCCUCUCGCACAGGUUCUGGAUGUGCUGGGCGAGUCUCUCCCAUGUGCCACCUAUGAUUCAUGGAUGGUCUACAUACCUGAAGGAGAAUUCUUGUCACGCAUAGGACCUACGGAAUUUUUCAAGGACCUUGACAAGUAUGCGGGUUCAAAUGCUGUACAAGAAUGGCAAAAACUUUUAGAUGCUGUACUUCCAUUGUCUACAGCUGCAAUGGCUCUUCCCCCUCUAUCUAUUAGAGGAGAUUUGGGUGUUCUUUCCACAGCUGCAGCUAGAUAUGCCCCUUCUCUCUUAAAAUCCUUUAUGCAAAUGGGACCUCGGGGUGCUCUUGCGGCUACAAAACUUCUCAGACCUUUCUCGGAAAUACUUGAUGAUUUGCAACUCAAAGACCCUUUUAUACGGAAUUGGAUUGACCUACUCUCAUUCUUGCUUGCUGGGGUGAAAACUAAUGGUGUACUCUCAGCAGAGAUGGUUUACAUGUUUGCAGAAUGGUACAAACCAGGAUGCUGUCUUGAGUACCCCCUUGACGGAAGUGCAGGUAUUGUUGAUGCUCUUGUACGAGGAUUAGAGAAAUUUGGUGGACGGAUUUCUCUUCAAAGUCAUGUGGAAAAGAUUGUUGUUGAAAAUGACAGAGCCAUUGGUGUCAAGCUGAGAAGUGGUCAAUUCAUACGCGCUAAAAAGGCUGUUGUCAGCAAUGCAUCGAUGUGGAACACUUUAAAAUUGCUACCUAAAGAAGUUGUUCCAAAGUCUUACUCGGAUAGGAUUAACUCGACUCCUCAAUGUGAAUCAUUCAUGCAUCUCCAUUUGGGAUUUGAUGCUGAGGGUAUACGAGAUGAUCUGGGAAUUCAUCACAUAGUUGUAAAUGACUGGGAAAGAGGGGUUGAUGCUGACCAGAAUGUUGUGCUGAUAUCAGUUCCUAGUGUACUUAGUCCUAAUGUGGCACCACCUGGGAAACAUGUGUUACAUGCUUAUAUGCCAGGAACUGAACCGUUUGAGUUGUGGGAAGGACUUGAUCGUAGGAGUGCUGAAUACAUAAAUCUGAAAGCCGAAAGAUCAGAGGUAAUGUGGAAAGCUGUGGAGAGAGCACUGGGCCCAAGUUUCAGGAGGGAGAAAUGUGAAGUGAAGUUGGUUGGAAGUCCAAGAACACAUGAAAGGUUCCUACGGAGGAACAGAGGAACAUAUGGGCCUGCCGUGCAAGCUGGGAAAGAUUCAUUUCCUGGACAUUCAACCCCCAUCCCACACCUUUAUUGUUGUGGAGACUCCACCUUUCCUGGCAUUGGAGUCCCUGCAGUUGCUGCCAGUGGUGCUAUUGUAGCUAAUUCAUUAGUUUCAGUCACUCAACAUUCCCACCUGCUUGAUGCAAUUGGAAUAUGAAAAAGCCACAACGUAACUGUGUUUCUCUUAUUUUAUUAUUAUGUAAAAAUUCUAAAAAUAAAAGUUUAAGAAUGAUAUAUAAAAGAAACAUUGUCUUGUUUUAUUAUUCCUUGGGAUAAAUUUUAAAUCUCCGUUUUUUAGCA